GACGGGUUAGGGUGAGACGGCCGGUGGGCGGCGGCGGUGCCCCCCGCUCUAGGGUCCGGGUGCGGUUGCUAUGGGGGGCAAGAAGAAGGUGCGCGCCAUCGCGGCGCUGGCCCGGCGGGUGCGGGAAUACUGGGCGCAGCGGGACCGGCGCCAGCGGCGGGACAGCCAGCGGCUGGAGCUCGACUACGGCACCAUGAGGCGGGUGGCCAGCGGCAAGCGGCUCCCGGUCCUCGCCCACCGCGACAUCCGCACCGAGAGCCGCCUCUUCCCGCUGCUCGCCCGCCUGCCGCUCUUCGGCAUCGGCCGCAUGGUCACCACCAAGUCGUGGCUGCUGGCGCACGGCCCGGCCUGUUACUGGCGGGUGGACAAGGUCAGGGUGGACUACACGGCCCAGAUACAGCAAGGAAACGGGCCCUUCGGCCCACCUAGUCCGUGCCGACCAGCGAUCACCCAUAAUCCAGUUCUAACCUACACACUGGAGAUAAUUUUUCCGAAGCCAAUUAACCUACAAACCCACACAUCUUUGGAAUGUGGGAGGAAACCAGAGCACCCUGAGAAAACCCACGCAGGUCACAGGCAGAACGGGCAAACUCCGUACAGACAAGCAUCCGUAGUCAGGAUCGAACCCGGAUCUCGGGCACUGCAAGGCAGCAACUCUACCUCUGUGCCACCCUAAAUUUACAAAUUGGUG